ACUGAAUGCCAAGUGAAUCAUAAACGAAUCACGUUCACGGCCACUGCGAACUGACUGCGUGUGCAUUUUAGAGAUAGAACACAAGGUUAAGUUCGGAAUUUGAGAACGUGACUCCGGGUACCUACACGUGUUUUUUCUUUUUAUGUCUUUCAGUGGAAUAUGAGGAAGUGGCGAAUGGGGAAAAGAAACUCGAAACCGGCUGUAAGCUUUCACACUACAGCAAUAUAAGCGCGAAGACGCGGAGUGAGCCGCAGGAGGAUGCAGGACUCAUGCAAGUCACAUCACCUUCCCCUUUAACACCGGGGCAUCCUGUCUGACCUGCUGCCUCGAGACGGAACGCUUGGGCUCCGUUCUGGGAACUGCACGCGCGGCGAAUUUGAUAGCGUACGUCAUUAAAGUGCGACGUUGUUUAAUACUGUGUGUUGGCGUAAUAAGAAACAUUGCAUUCGACAGAGCAGACGUGGAGCUCUGUGUGCUGAAUGGGUGAUUUCAUUGGUGAUUGCUGAUGUUUUUGGCUGUCAGACCGCAUAAGGCUGCCAAGAGAGAGUGCACAUGGCGAUUCGGAACACCACCGUCCUGUUGCUGUUUCUGUGCAUGUGGGUCCUCGUGCCGAGUCGAGCGUUCAAGGGCGAGUGCAGAGUUGAGCUGAAAAAGGCAGACUGCAGCCACUUGAACCUGAAGACCAUCCCUCUGGACCUGCCUGAGGACAUCAGCACCCUGGAUGUAUCCCAUAACCGUCUGGUCGAGCUCAAGCCCUCGUCUCUGACUCGAUACCAAAGUCUGGAGCAGCUUGAUGCCAGUUACAACAGCCUGAAGGUGGUACCGGCGGGUCUGUGCCAGGCCACACCCAAGCUGUGGAGGCUCACCUUACGUCACAAUGAAGUGCACCUGCUGCAAGUCCGAGACCUGAGGAACUGCACACGCCUCACACACCUGGACCUGUCUGAUAACAGGCUGAGACUGAAUGGAGAACCAUUCUCAGGGACAGAGAAUCUGGCCUGGCUGGACGUGUCCCGAAACAAACUGACCACAGCUUGCCUGGGCUCGCAUCCCCAGCUUCCCAGCUUGGAGACCCUGAUCCUCGCAGGCAACGACAUCACAGAGCUGAAGAAGAACGACUUUUAUUUUCUCAACCAGUCCUCGUCGUUCCGGACGCUGUCUCUUUCUUCUCUGCCCCUGAAGAAGGUGGACCGUGGCUGCUUCAUGCCCAUUGCUCAUUUACAAGACCUGGUGCUAGAUGGUUGUAAGCUCAACCCAACCUUCAUGUCCAGACUCUGUAUGGAGCUGUCUGACACCUCAUUGAGAAACCUGUCUGUCCAAAAUACACAGCAAGUCACGCUGACAAGAAGCACCUUCCAAGGCUUAGGCAAGACUAAUCUCACUAUUCUGGAUCUCUCCAACAACCAAAUGGCCAGAAUCACAGAUGGAGCCUUUCAGUGGUUUCCCACGCUGGAGUACCUUUCUUUAGAGUACAACAACUUAAAACAUUUAACUAACGGUACCUUCGUGGGGCUGAAAAGUCUGAGGAAUCUCAACCUACAUUUUGCGCUAGUUAAAAAAAAAACCUCUCCCUUGCCUGUCAUAGACGACUUCUCUUUCCAGCCACUGGUCCAGCUGGAAUAUCUGCACAUGGAGAGGACUGUGUUUGGGGAGAUCACUGAGAAGAUCUUUUAUGGACUGCCGUGCUUGAGGGAGCUGAAUCUGGGUUGGAGCAGCACAGGGAUAAAGCUAGUCAGCAACACCACCUUUGCAUCCUUGCAAGGAUCUCCACUCCUUCAGACUCUCAAUCUUACAGGUAUGGGCAUCAAGAGCCUUGGUCCAGGAGCUUUUUCAAGCUUGACAAACCUCAAGACUCUCGUGCUCAGUCAUAACUUCAUCAACCAGAAUCUAACGGGGAAAGAGUUCCAGGGUCUCAACAGUAUCAAGGAAAUUCAUUUGUCCUUCAACCAGCAGACAAUCACUUUAACACCUACAUCUUUCAUCCAUGUACCAACAUUGAGGACUCUGAUGCUUGGGCGUGCCCUAACCCCCAAUUUGGACAUGCGACCAAGUCCGUUCCAACCGCUUGUCAACCUGAUAGUGCUGGAUCUCAGUAACAAUAACAUUGCAAACAUCAACAACGGCUUGCUCGAUGGACUAAACCGUCUUAGCGUGCUGAAACUGCAGCACAAUAAUUUGGCCAGGGUGUGGAAAAAUGCUAAUCCUGGGGGUCCGGUGCUGUUUCUCCACGAUGCUCAGAACCUUACUGUUCUUGAGUUGGACUACAAUGGUCUUGAUGAGAUUCCAGCAACAGCCUUCCAAGGCCUCUCACAACUAAAAUAUCUCAGUAUUAGUGGAAAUCUCUUGAAUUUUCUUCACGACUCUGUUUUCAGUGACUUGCGGUCUUUGCGCUUCUUGCGGCUGCAGAAAAACCUCUUGACCUCAGUGCGGCGGGAGACGUUCAGCGUGCCACUGUCCAACCUGACUGAGCUGUUCAUGGACCAUAAUCCCUUUGAUUGCACCUGUGAGAGCAUGCUAUGGUUCCACACAUGGCUCAAUGGCACCAACACCAGCGUACCUGACCUUGACAAAACCUACGUUUGCAACACCCCAUCCAUGUACUUCAACCAUUCAGUGAUGGACUUCAACCCAGAAUCCUGUAGGGACAUGGUACCCUUUCAGGCUCUGUAUGUAAUCACAAGUACCUUAGUACUAGGUCUGAUGUUUAUAGCCUUCCUGGUGCACUACCAGGGCUGGAGGAUUCAAUUCUACUGGAAUAUUAUAGUCAAUCGCACCCUAGACAUAAAUGACUCCCGCUACAGAAGGGUGACAGAGUGCAGAUAUGAAUAUAAAGCCUACAUCGUCCAUGCUCAGAAGGAUAAGCUUUGGGUGGAACGAAGCUUGCUUCCUCUGGAAGACAAGAAUUUGAGGUUCUUUCUGGAGGACCGGGACGCAAUGCCAGGCUGUUCCACGCUAGAGACCAUUGUGGACAACAUGAGAAUGUCCCGGAAAAUCGUCUUUGUUGUCACAGAGGCACUUUUGAACGAUCCCUGGUGUAGACAGUUUAAAGCACACCAAGCCCUUCACCAGGUAAUGGAAGAUAAUCGAGACUCGCUGGUUCUUAUUUUCCUGGAGGAUGUUGCAGAUUAUCGCCUGACUCAGUCACUCAUGUUGCGUAAAGGCAUGCUAAAACGUCGCUGCAUGGUCCAGUGGCCUCUGCAAAAAGAGCGCAUCCCGGCCUUCCGCCAGAAGCUACAGCUAGCAUUAGCCUCAAGCAACCGCGUCAGCUAAAACCUGCUCAGAGCAUUUAACAUUUUAUCUAUAGCAGACACCAAUAGCAAGAGUUCUAGCUUCGAGAAACACUUUCAGGUUAAUGCUGUUUACCUUUUCAGUGCCUAUUUUGUACGUCUGUAAAUACAAGUUUGCUUUUAAGCUAGCAGGCUAGAGUAAGCUAACAUUCUACAGGCUACACAACGUUAAAUACCCGUAGCCUUUAGCACUUAGAAACUGUUACCCAGGCUUUCUUUUAUCUCUCCUUUAUAAUAAAUUUUUCACCUAAAGCAGGGAUUCAUUUUUCAUUCAUUCAACGCAUCAGAGCGCGUGAAUAUGAACUUGAAUAUGAGAAAUAUUUUGCACUAUAUAGAGAUGACAUUUUUGUAACAUGAUGUAUUUUUGUAUAUUUUUAUUCUUUUAUUUUUUCAAACCAUGACAUUAACGUGAACAUUUAUUGUCUUUUAAACUAUAUUGAUUUUCUACAAGUGUUUGGGUCACUUCUGAUGAUUUAUGGUUCGGCUCUGCCCCCUAGUGGCUGUGUCUGGAGCUACAUAUUUAAAAGAAUGUAAAUUCUUCAAUAUUUCCACACUGAUUUUUGAUUUGAAAGUGUAAUUCUAAAGACUUAAUAAUAAUAAUAAUAAUAAUAAUAAUAAUAAUAAUAAUAAUAAUCAUUAUUAUUAUUAUUAUUACAUGUACAGACAAAACAUAAAAGAGGACCCUGGAUUAAAUAUUAAUAUUAAAUAACUCACGGUUUGACUUGCUGUAAUGUCAUUUUUUGCUUUUUUCUGUUUAAAUGAAAGAUCAGCUAUUUUAGCUAAUAUUAAAUAUUAGCUAUAUUAGAUUAGCUUAUCCACUUGGUCCACCGCUUUAUGAUGUCAAAUUACAAAAUGUGAUUUUUGUUUUGUUUUGUUUUUAGUGCUGUUUUGCCACUGUAUAAUCACAACCCAGCAGCUAAGGUGUUACAAUGAUCCCAAAGUAAAAAUUAAACCGAUUAAACUCAAAGUAAAAAUUA